AUGAGGCUGGCCCACAUCACUGUGCUCCUGUGGGCAUGGGGCCAUGUCCAGGCCUUUGAAAUUGUGGAGAAGGAGAACAUUUUUCAGAGGACACCCUGUCCUGCUUUCCUGAUGUUUGAUAAUGCUGCCUACCUGGCUGACAUGAGCUUUGAGCUUCCCUGUCACUGCAAACCCGAGGAUGUUUCGGCCGUGGUCUGGUAUUACCAAAAGCACCUGGGGAGCAGCCACACCACAGUGCUCACAGACUUCGACGGGAGGCUGCUUACAGAGGCGGCUUACGUUCGAGUCGGCAGCAGCAUGCUGGCCCGCUUCAGCAUCCGCAUGUUCAACUUGUUAGUGUUCCGUGCCCAGCCAGAGGACACGGGCCUGUAUUUCUGUGGUACCCGCAAGGGGGACUAUUUUUAUGCCUAUGAUGUGGACAUCCAAAGCAAUAAGGGAAUAGUGGCCACCUUCAAGGACAAGGGCCAGGAGCCAUUGUCAGAUGAGUACCAUGGGGAUCUCCAUGUCUUUACAACCUUCUGGGAGUGGACGCCCUGUGACCGCUGUGGGGUGCAUGGGGAACAGUGGCGCUUUGGACUCUGCUACCUGCAGAACCCUGGCCUCUCCCCUCGCUAUCUCAAGACAAUGCCUGAUGUAGUGUCCUGUGGCUCUCGGGCUGUGCCAAGGAAACUGCACACCAAGACCAAGUACCACACACCUGAAAUGCUGAUUCAGAGCUGCCAAGUGCCCUGUAAGAAGAAUCAUAUCCAGAAGGGCAUGCUAGCAAUCAUCAACUAUGUGGCCAAACUGGGCAGCCGGCCCUGGCUGCCUCAGGUGCCCAUUCAAUUCCAUCAGCAGAGACUAGGCCAUGGCCUCAUCAUCUCCUGUCCCGGGGCCAGGCCAGAACAUGCUGUGGCCUGGGACAAGGACGGUCAGCCCCUGUACCGCACACAGUACCUAAAAGGUGUCAACAGAUCCAUGAGAGUUUUCAUUGACCAUGGCAACCAUCUCCACAUCCGCUUCACCCGGCUGAGUGACCGGGGCAUCUACUACUGCUGGCGGCAAGGGAUGAAAAUCGCCGGCUUCCGGUUGGGAGUAACAUCUCGAGGGCACUACCCAGCCUCGCUCUCAGACCCCGAGACUCGCACCGCUGUGGAGUUCACCCUGAUAGGCUAUGCACUUAUCACAGCGGCCUUUGUCACCAUUCAUGUCUGUCGUUGCUGUUGCUACUCAUUUCGCUGUUGUCCCAACUUCGCCCCCGAUUCCCUGGUCCAGCUGUGA